AUGUCACCACCUAACUGGCAAUGGGAACAAGAACAAGACAUUUCUUUUCAGAAACUAGAAAAUUCUUUAAUUCACUUUCCCAUUUUAGGUUUUCCCAUUUAUGGUCAACCAUUUGAGAUCCACAAAGAUGCAUCCCAGAAAGGGUUAGGUGCUGUGUUGUACCAGCUUCAAAAUGGACAGAAACGUGUCAUUGCUUACGCAAGCCGUGGUCUUUCUAAAUCUGAGAAAAAUUAUUUUAUUCACAAACUUGAGUUUUUAGCUCUCAAGUGGUCAAUUACAGAAAAAUUUUCAGAUUACUUAUAUGGUACAACAUUUGAUGUGAUUACGGACAAUAACCCAUUGACGUACGUCCUAUCUACAGCAAAGUUGGAUUCUACUUCUCAAAGAUGGAUUGCUUCUUUAGCCACCUAUGACUUCAAUAUUUUUUACCGUCCUGGUAAAAGCAAUGCAGAUGCUGAUGGACUAUCACGAUUGCCUGAAAUUUCAGAUGUUCGUGACAGAGAACAGAUUUCUGCUGAUACAAUUAAAAGAAAAUUAAUUGAAGAACUUUGUAACAUCAUGAAUAUUCAGAAGUCCAGAACAACACCUUACCAUCCAAUGGGUAAUGGACUCUGUGAAAGGUAUAACAGAACACUUCUUCAGAUGUUAGGAACUUUAAACAUGGAUCAAAAAGCAGACUGGAAAUCGUACAUCAGACCAUUAGUUCAUGUUUACAACUGCAUGAAACAGGAAUCAACUCAGCAUUCACCAUUUUUCUUAAUGUUUGGCAGACAACCAAGAUUACCAAAAGAUAUUGCUUUUAACAUUCCAACAUCUUCUUCAGAAAUUCCUAUUCCAAAAUAUGUAGAAUCAUUAAAGUCCAAAUUAAAAGAAGCAUAUCAAUUAGCCACAGCGGCGAACCAAAGAGCUCAGGAAAGACAGAAGCGUAACUAUGAUUUAAAAGUUAGAUCUGCUAUUCUAGAAAAAGGAGACAGGGUUUUGGUAAAGAUUACAAGUUUUGAUGGAAAGCAUAAACUAGCCGACAAGUGGGAAUCAACACCAUACAUUAUAGUAGAUCAACCAAAUUCCACAAUUCCAGUUUACAUAGUAAAAGAAGAAGGAUCCAAUAGACAGAGAACGAUACAUAGAAACCUCCUCCUACCUAUUGGAUAUUUGGAUUUCCAACCAACCGAACCCAGGGUAAUAAGACCUACUCCUAGACAUAGAAAGAGAUUACCAAGAAAAAAUAAGAGAAAAACACCGGAUACAAAAGACGAAAGCGAAAGUGACAGCAGUGACGAGGAAGUUAUAUGGACUAGUCCACAAAACCAUUUUGAAGGAAACGUUACUCCUUCAGAUGUUGGUACAGACCAGGCUGACGACGGUCAGAUUCCAGCUGGCUGGACUGAACCAGCACAAGAAGACUCAGAUGUGGGAGAGGUCGCUCUCACUCUUGAAGAUAAGAGCAACACAUCUGAUGCCUCUAAGAAUUGUGAGCCAGAGGCUGAAAGCCAUUCUCUGCAAGAAGAUCCACAUAUUGAAGAAGAAGUUGUUACAGAUCAGCAAGAUGAUGAAAUUUCAGAAGUUGUCACCCAAGAAGAAAUUGAAAAUCAAGCAAAAGAUAUCCAAACAGCAAAUAUACCUGAAGAACCUGUAAGAGCAAAGACCAAGCCUGCUUGGAUGAAGACUGGAGAAUACUCCAUGUCAAUACAACCACCUAUAGAUCCAGACUGGAAAUUAAAGUGUAAUUAUUUAGAUUCUCUUGUUUCAGAUAACCAUCUUUCCGGUGUAGACCAGAAACAACUGUCUUCCACUUUUCUUAAAAUCCUGUUGCAGAAAUGA